CCUUUUGCGUGCAAAGAUAAUAAUGCUUCAUGGAAGGUUAAAGAAUAUCAGAUCUUUCUUUUCAUGGUUUGCAUGGUUCCUCACUGUAUAGUCUGGGACGCAAACCGGACUUCUCCAACAACGGCAAGGAGGAGGAACGAAUUCUCGAUCUCGAAUCUUAGAUAUGAGUCAGACUGUCAAGGAAGUUGUGAUUAUCAUAAAGAGGAAGAUGAACAACUUGCCUGGCGUGUCCACCGAGUGUUGCAUCUAUCGAGUGCCUGACAAGUUGCGCAGAGCAAACGCAGAGGCCUACACCCCUCAAGUCAUCUCCAUUGGGCCGUUCCACCAUGAUAAAAAAGAGCUUCAGUUGACGGAGGAGGUCAAACUGAGGUACCUGACAGGCUUCCUCCACCGUAGCAAGGCCGACCUCCCAGCUUGCACCAGAAUGAUCAGCGAAUUGGAAGACCGCAUUCGGCAAUGCUACCAAGAAAAGCUCACCCAAGGCAGCUAUGAGCUCGUAGAAAUGAUCUUGGUGGACGCAGUUUUUUUAGUUGAGCUGUUCAUAAGGAACUAUAACUGGAACCAUGGCCCCGACGGCCGAGACCUGAACGAUGAGAUAUUCAGCAAGCAGUGGAUGAGCGACGCCGUAUUCCACGAUCUCCUGCUGCUGGAAAAUCAAGUACCGUUAUUUGUCCUUGAGAAUCUCUAUAAUCUCACCGCAUUGAGUACUACUAUCACAUUCUUCAAGCUUAGCUACGAGUACUUCAAAGACGUCCAGCACGGGCACGAGCUUGCAAGCACGGGAGUUCACGUGAAUCACCUGGUGGACUACGUGCGAGCCCUGCAACUGCCCAUGUUCCUGCGGCGCGCGCCGUCCAAACAGGGCAAGAAAACUCGGAGGGUAAAGGAGCUGCAAGAGGCCGGCAUCACGUUCAAACGGGGCAAGGAAACCUCCAUGCUUGAUGUCAUCUUCAAGGACGGAACCCUCAAGAUGCCGCACGUGGUUGUGCACGAGUGGACCGAGGUGUACCUCAGGAACAUGAUUGCGUACGAGCAGUGCCAUCACGAACACAAGUACAUCAGCAGCUACGCCAUCCUCAUGGAUAGCCUCAUUGGCACGCCCGAUGACGUCGACAUUCUAAUCAGCGCCGGAAUUUUGGAAAAUCAGCUCUGCAGUGCGGACGGGGUGGCUAGGAUCGCUAGUAUCAUCAACGGCAUUCACAAGGAGACCCUGAGGGACUCCAGCGAGUUCUACUACUCAAGCCUGUGCGAGAGGCUGAAUGCGUACAGCCGGACCAGGUGGCACCAGUGGAAGGCCAACUGGUACCGGUGGAGGGUCAUCCUCAACCGGGACUACUUCAGCAACCCGUGGUCGGGCAUCUCCGUGGUCGCUGCCAUGGUGCUGCUUAUUCUCGCCUCGGUGCAGACUGCGUAUUCCAUUUUGCAAUUUUACGCGGGCGAUGGCCAAAGAUUGUUCCCAGCGCGCAAGUGAUGACAUAAAAGGCAUUACUAGAACCAAGGAAGUAGAAAGUCUCAAACUAGACUUCCGUAUCCUAAACACACUUGUCAAUGGCCCCAUCAUUUAUGAAAUGACGUAAAGAUGAAGCCCAAUAUAACGGUUGAG